GACAAGCAGAGGAGAGGAUAGGAGGAAGCGAGGGAUUUCUGUUGUCUUCUGCGUCCUCUGUGCGUGUUGUGUAAGCGCAGCCUGAGCGGUACGGGUGGCUCCAGCGGGAGGGCGGCGGCAUAGCAGGCGGUCAGCCAAUCAGCCGGCGAUGCAGUCAUACGCCAGGCAGCCAAUGGCGUAGCAGGAGGGCUGCUGCUCGUGAGGCAGGCUCUCACGAUCUCUUAUUAAUGAAUGGAGGAGCUCGCGGACAACACACGCCUGUGCCAUCAUCAUCAUCAUCAUCAGCAGCAGCAGCAGCAGCGCUCUCUCACACGCUGAGAGAGGAGGAGAGGAGAGAAGGAGGAGGAGAGCAGAGAGAGGAGGAGAGGAGAGAUACAAAGGCAAACAGAUCCAGUUCCUUUGCUCUAGCGGCACCCGGGAGAGGAGAGGAGAAGAGCAGAGAGAGGAGGAGAGGAGAGAGACAAAGGCAAACAGAGCCAGGCGCCCGGGAGAGAGAAGAGAGGAACAGAGAGGAGGAGAGGAGCAGAGAGGAGAGAGGAGCAGAGAGGAGCAGAGGAGGAGAGGAGCAGAGAGGAGAGGAGGAGCAGAGCAGCAGCAGCAUGAUGAAGGGACAUGAGAGGAAGGGUGAGCAGACUAGAGCUGACCGUAGCAAUCCAAAUGCAGAGACCGAACCAGCUGACCAGAACCUGGAGAGUGACCAGAACCUGGAGAGUGACCAGAACCAGAACCUGGAGAGUGAUCAGAACCUGGAACAGAACCUGGAGCAGAACCAAGAGCAGCCGGACCCAGAGCCCCAUGGAGUGUGUUCGUCUAGCAGCCUGGCCGUGCCCCGUGCCACCACCCCGACGCGUCGCUCCGUCUCCCUGGGCGAUUUCAAGCGCCUGGGCCCGGCAGCGUCCGGCUCCGAGCCGCCCUCGACCUCCACCACGGCGCCCUCGUCCAAGCUGGUGACGCCCAGCUGCAGCAUGGAGUUCGAGGCGGCCCGCCGUCGCCUCCUGGAGGUGGAGGAGCGCCAGCGCGUGAUCCGCGAGAUGGAGCGGCGGCUGGAGGAGCUGCGGGAGGUGUUCGUGCAGCAGGAGCAGGAGGCCGUGGUGCACGGGGAGCUGGUGGGACGCAUCUCCAGCGCCGCCCAGCAGGGGGAGCUCUACGCUGCUGAGAACACCCAGCGGCUGAAGAAGGGCCUGCGCUUCAAGCGCCACCGGCCCACCAUCGUCUUCUCCUCCAUGCUCGGACUCCGCACCUGCCUCCCCUGGCCCGUCAAGCUCAAGUAGUCGGACGAGUGCACCCUCCUCUUCCUCCUACCUCAUCCUUCCUCCUCUUCCUCCUCCUACCUCAUCCUCCUCAUUCCACAAACCCUCCCCCAUCCCUCUUUAACAGCCCACCUCAGCUACACAUGAAGGUCGCUCUCCAUGCUGGUUUGGCAGAACUCGUUUCUCUGUACACAUAUUUAUUUAUUUAUUUAUUUAUUUAUUUCCUCCUGAGAACUUCAAAGAGCCGCCCACACACACUCGCCCUGUCGUUGAGAGACACUUUCUGCCGCUUUGCUGCAUCAGUGAGCUGAGCCCCCCCACGGGCCCCUGUGCUUAUUUGUGCAGCUUUGUUUUCUGCUGAUUGGAAGUACAGCUUCUAGACAGCAGUUUGGGCUCUGGGCCAGAUCAGCACCAGAACUGGCCCAGAACUGGCUUCUGUCUUGGGAGGAGCGCUGGACUCUCAGGGGGCCACUACUCAGGGCCAAGCGCAGGGGCAGGAGACCGGUCGUCCAGCUGGGGAGAAUUACGGCAACAACAUCCUCCUCCACCACGCACCACGCACGCUACCUACGCUUGUGAGUUAUGCAGAGAUAUGAGUGUGUCACUCCUGAGUGAGACGCAGAGGAGAGAGAGAAGGAGAGGAGAGGAGAGGAGAGGAAGAGAGUGCAGGAUGAAGGGAAAAGCGCUCUUCUCCUUGUGAGAUUCUCUCAACACAGAACACACAGAGGGAGAGAAGUCACUCGGACUGGUUCUGACUGGUUCUGUUUUCUAUGAAUAUAAAGCUGCACAGUGUAGGAACUGGGCAUAUUUCUGGGUUAAUUUAUGUUAUUAGACUCGGCCUCUGUGAUAUGUUGAUGCUGAUGCACAGGGUGCAUGAGCUGCGUUUCUUUUCCACGUUACUAGAGCCAGCUUCUCUGGUGACGGGACGACAUGCUAUCAGCAGACAGAGGAGGCAGGUGUGAUGCAUGAUGGGAUGCAGAGGGCAGGUGUGAUGCAUGAUGGGAUGCAGAGGGCAGG